CGGAAGUAGGUGUGUGGAUAGCUAGCCUGACAGUAGCCUGUAGCUGUGUGGCUAACGUGUGAGCAGGUGGACCACCUCACUUCUUUUAAUUCUUUUAAUUCUUUUACCAACUGGACUUAGAGCGGUUCAACCCGCUUUAAGGUCAUUCAACGGACCCGGCUCUGACAGCUGACACACGGACACCGAGGAGAACCGGGUACCGGUGCCGGUAACUAGCCUGCUAGCUCCCGAGCUAACAGUAUGGACCUGUUCGACGACCUGCCGGAGCCCACACAGCCCGGAGGUCCAGUUUCAGCAUCGCCGGUCACAGCUCGACCACAGGAGACCAACGAAGAAGAGGAGGAGGAAGAAGAGAAGGAGGAGAGAAGAGUCAAACGAAAACGAGAGGAUGCUGAAAGUGAAGCUGAGAAAAAAGAGGAGCGAGGGGAGAUCAAGAAAGUUUGUAAAGAAGACCUCCCUGUAUUGAAAGGCUAUGUGGCGGCGAGGCGGGGUGAACGGGACGAGAUGCAGGAUGCUCAUGUUCUGCUGCCGGACAUGAGCAGCUGUCUGUCUCUGCCUGGACAAUUGUCUCAUGUUUCGUACUUUGCUGUGUUCGACGGUCACGGUGGAGCUCGAGCGUCUCGAUUCGCUGCAGAGCAUCUCCAUCACAAUCUGGCCAAGAAGUUCCCGAGCGGAGACACUGAAAAUGUGGAUAAACUGAUAAAGAAAUGUCUCCUGGAAACUUUCAGACAGACGGACGAGGACUUCCUAAAGAAAGCUUCCAGCCAGAAGCCGGCGUGGAAGGACGGCUCCACAGCCACAUGUGUGCUGGUGGUGGAUGACAUGGUGUAUGUGGCCAAUCUUGGAGACAGCAGGGCGGUGUUGUGUCGGAUGGAGGCGGCGGCAGAUGGACAGAGGAGGUCGGUGACUCUGGCUCUGAGUAAAGAACACAACCCGACCAUGUACGAGGAGAGGAUGAGGAUCCAGAGAGCAGGAGGCACCGUCAGGGAUGGCAGAGUGCUGGGUGUCCUCGAGGUGUCCCGCUCCAUCGGAGACGGUCAGUACAAACGCAUCGGAGUUAUUUCGUCCCCUGACCUGAGGAGGUGUCAGCUCACAGCCAAUGACAAGUUCAUCAUUCUGGCCUGUGAUGGUUUGUUCAAAGUGUUUUCUGCUGACGAAGCCGUUAAAUUCGUCCUCAACAUCGUGCAGGAGGGGAGCAGAGAGCGGAGGGCGGGGCUGACGGAGGAGGAGGUGCGGUUUGAAGCUGCCUGUCAACAGCUGGCCAGUGAGGCGGUGAGACGAGGCUGCGCCGACAACGUCACCGUGAUCCUGGUUUCUAUCGGCUUCUAAGCAAAAUCAUCAUCAUCACAACACACACAAAUUGAUUGACACAAGCAUGGUGGACCCUGACACACACACCUACACACACACACACACACACACAC